UUGGGCUUCAUCUUCUCCCUCAGCGGGGCUUUCCAGAGCUCUCUAGACACAGCCAGAGAACAGAAAGCCCUUUUCCUUCUAUGUCAGCGGGCUUCUUCUUCAACUGUUCUUCCUGUUUUUCCUUCUAAUCUAUUGCUGCUUAGUUCAUCGAAGUUGGUCGGAAGGGAAUCAAAUUUUUCAACAACGGUUCUGUUUUCUGCGGUGGGGAAAGGAAGUCGUGUGGGAGCAUUAACAGUAGAGAUUUGGGGGAGGAUUUCUUCUUUGAUCGGAGAUGAAGAUGAAGAUGAAACGAAAAGAUCUCGAUCAAUUUAACGACGAGUUCUCGGAAUUCUCCCUCUCGUCGCCUGCUAGGAAGAUUCGCCGUCUGGAUGUUGGUUUGCCGCCUAUUAUAGAAGAAGAAGAACCGCCAGAAGUUGCUGUUUUAGGCAACGAACCAUUGAUGCCUGAAAAUUUCGUAGUAGGUGGGAAUGGUCUGAGGAUUGAGGAAUUACCGGACGCUUCUUCUGUUUCUGCUUCAGCUUGUGCUACGGGAGAUCGUCCUUUCCACGACAAUCAUGAGAGGGCUAUUGUUCUGUUUAAUGCUGCUAAUACGCCUUUCUUGCAGUCAUCUCCUUUUUCGGUCUCUGUCGAUCCUGACAUUAUUUCUGGCUUGAAAAGCAAAAUUGUUCGUGAAAAUUGUUGUGAUGGUCGGCUGAAAUUUGGCGAGACUGAGAACAAAAAUCUGGCUGUUGUUCCUUGGGUUCCGCGGCUGCAGGUUCCUGCUACCACAAACAUGGAUGUCGCCCAAGAGGAGGCUCCACAGUUGAUGGAAGCUGAAGAAGAAGUUGGAGAGGCAACAAUGGAGGUUGAAGAUGAAAAUUUAAGCAGCCAACGGGCUUAUGGAUAUGGUGGAAUGGAUGGAGCUAGUGCUAUACAUCAAUGGCACCAACAGCACUGCAUGAUUCAACAGCUGCCACAACAAACGUCCUCGCCCAUAACUUGGUUUCGAUGAUGGUAUGUACAUAGUGAAAAAUAACAUCUCUUGAUCUCAUGAGGUUGUUAGGUAAUAGGAUAAAUUUGCAGCAAAUUUGAAUUGAAAAACAUAUGGGUAUAAAUAUAUUUGCCUUGUUGCCUUUGCUCUUGUGUUCAUCAUCAUGUGGCACAGCUUUUCUUAGGAAGUGGUGGUGCUUUUGCAUGCCUCUGUGCAGUUGCUCUGUUGAGAAUUCUGAGCUCAUGUACAAUUUUUUUCUCCUUUUUAGAACUUGUUAGCAUGAUUUUAAUGAAUCAGAGUUAUCUACUUGCUGUAUGAUAUCUUGAGUGAGAAUGGUUUCAAAUUUAGAUGGGAU